CACCUCCAUCAGGCAUGCGCAUGUACCCCGCUCAGGUGGGAAAAAAAAAAAAAUGCCGAAUUGUCGCCCAUUCGCGCGGCGCAUGCACGGGGGCUCAACUUCUUCGCACAACGUCGAUUUGGGGCAGCUCACGAGAUGCGCAGUGGAGCGGCUAAGCGGUCAAGCGGUUAAGCAAUCAAUCGGUUAAGCGAAGGAAGGACCACCCAAAUAGCAGAAGGAACCGCCACACAGCCAACCGAAAAUAAAACGCAGCGGGGGGAGGGCUCCAUUUUUGCGGAGAAAAGGAUAUAGCCGCCCCACCCCCGAGCAGAAGCACAUUCGCAAUCGCGAUUACGACCCCGCAAUUAAAAACCGCUUUAACGUAUUAACCCCGAGUCAUUUCCGCCUCUCUGUGUUGGCGCCGCCACACCUGCAGGCACCUCGAAGGGAUCGAGCAGAAGAAAACCGCGCAGUGGCGCUGCAGCCAGGAUGAGGAAGCUGAGCGUGAUAAACGAGACCGUGAGUGGCGUGGUCCACUUAGGGAAGGCGAACAAGCGAAGGCUACCAUCGCUGGUAAGAACCGCCCUUCCAUCUGCACUGACGAACAGGCGCAGCGUGUGCAAUGUGGGGAGCAGAAGGAACCUGGCAGGAAGUCCCUUCCCCUGUGAGGGAGGAAAGAAAACGGGCUUUUCAAACCAACCGAGUGUCCUUUUUAUGUUGGCCCUCUUUUGCACACCUAGCCUGCUGUACAGUAGGAGGGAUGGCAUGAACGGAGACAAGCUGACCAGCUGCGAAGGGCUCGAGAAGGUACACUUAGCAAAAGCAGACGAAAUGAAAAAUGGAGAAAUGAAAGAAAUUAAAGUGCACGGAGAGAAGGACACCGUUCUGUUGGUCCACGUGAAUGAUAAGUACUACUGUUUGGGUCCCAAGUGUCCUCACUAUAGUGCCCCCUUAAAAACAGGAGUGUUGACGAAGGAGUAUGUAACGUGCCCAUGGCACGAUGCCAAAUUUGAUUUGAAAACAGGAGAGUGUAUCAACGGCCCCUCCUUCGAUGACAUCCCAAGGUAUGAAGUAUCCGUGGAGGGGAAUGACAUUUAUGCCUAUCUACCGCAGAAAAUGGACCAUUUUCAGAAAAAAAAAAUAUGCCCAUGUUCAGGCAAAUGUGAGAAGAAGACCAUACUGAUAGUGGGUGGUGGCGCGGCAACUUUGGGAGCACUGGAGACAUUCCUGAAGAUGGGGUACACGGGCAGGUUAGUCAUAUGCAGUAAGGACCCGCACAAGCCGUAUGACCGGCCUACGCUGUCGAAGAGCAUUUCUAAGUACGACUCUGCGGAGGAGCUCUACGAGGGGAUCAAGCUGAAGGAGGACGAGUACUACCAGCGGGACAACGUCAGCUACAUGCAUAACGUGUAUGUGGAGCGGGUGGACGUGGAGGGCAGGCAGGCCCACCUGAGCAACGGGGAGGUGAUUCGGUACGACAAGCUGUUGGUGACCACGGGCGUGGACAACCUGCUGACGCUGCAGAGCCUCGAGGACCACGUGAAGAUCGCCUCGUACGCAAAGGAGGGCAGCAGGUGCGCCAUCAUCGGCUCCUCCUUCAUCGCCUGCGAGUUGUCUUCAGCGCUCAAAAAGAAAAACGUGAGCGUAACGAUGGUGUCGAAAGACGCCGUCCCGUUCUACACCACCUUUGGGGAAAAAAUCGGGUCAGUUGUAUUGGACAUUUUAAAGGAGCAAAAGGUGACGUUCCACGGGGGGGUACACCCAACAGAAUACAUCAUCGACAGAGGGGGAGGGGGGUUCCUCAAGAGGGUGCACUUAACCAAUGGAGGGGGGAAGUCCAUUCAUGGGGUGAGGCUAAGCAAUGGGGAGGUGAUCAGCUGUGAUUACGUGGUGGAAGCAUUGGGAUGUACCCCCAAUUCGGAGCUCCUCCAGGACAAAUUUAAAAAUGAAAAGAAGCAAGUUAUUGUAGAUAAAUACUUUCAAGUGAAGGGCUCCUCCGACGUGUUUGCGGCAGGGGAUGUAUGCUCCUUCCCCUACUACCUCUCAGGAGAGAUGGUGAAUGUGUGCCAUUGGAAUGUGGCCAUACAGCAGGGGAGAAUCGCAGCACAUAACAUGUUGAGUGAGCAAAAGAGAGAGUUUAAUUUUGUGCCUUUUUUUAAUACCAAUAUCUUUGGGAAAAAUUUUCGGUACACAGGAUUUGUGAAGGACGCUCAGAAGGUCAUAUACGAGGGGGACUUGCGCAAGCAUAACUUUGUGGCUUAUUUUGUUAAGAAGGACAAGGUGGCUUCCAUCCUCACCCUGGGGAACGCCAAGAUGGCCGCUCUGAAUGAGUGCCUCUCGAAGGGCAGGGUGCCCAGGGUGUACGAGCUGGAGGGCGGCCUCCAGAACAGCGACAGUAUGAUUGCCUCCAUGAGGGAGGGGUUAAGCGGUGGCGGCGCGAGUUGA